GCCUGUGGUUCUCUCCCUCCCCACGCAGCCCCUGCUAUCUGCCGUUUCCAUCUGUCCAGUAGGGUCCCUUCCAGGCACAGACAUCGCCAAGGGCUGCAGGCCUGCCAGCUGGUCGGCCCCACAGUCCCGUCCAGAGCCGCAGGGCAGCUGUCCCAGUCCUGUCCCGCCAUGGACUCCGCAUAUGAGACAAGCCACAUUCGCAAGCUGCAGGCGCAGCACAAACGGAUGCAGGAGAAGACUUUCACUAAUUGGAUCAACAACAUCUUCCAGCAUGGCCGGGUGGCUAUCAAGAUCCAGAACUUGUACACAGAGCUGGCUGAUGGCACCCACCUACUUCGGCUGCUGGAAAUCAUCUCCGGGGAGUCCCUGCCACCCCCCAGCCGGGGCCGUAUGCGGGCGCACUUCCUGGAGAACAGCAGCCGAGCUCUGGCUUUCCUCAAGGCCAAGGUGCCAAUACCUCUCAUUGGGCCAGAGAACAUCGUGGAUGGAGACCAGACCCUCAUCCUGGGACUCAUCUGGGUCAUCAUUCUGCGUUUCCAGAUCUCCCACAUCUCCCUGGACAGGGAGGAGUUUGGGGCCAGCGCUGCGCUGCUGUCUGCCAAGGAAGCUCUGCUGGUCUGGUGCCAGAGGAAGACAGCCUGCUAUGCCAAUGUCAACAUCACCGACUUCUCCCGCAGCUGGAGUGACGGGCUCGGCUUCGGGGCCCUCAUCCAUGCACACAGGCCAGACCUGCUUGACUACUGUUCCCUGCGUCCGGAGCGUCCACUGCACAACCUUGCCCUGGCUUUCCGAGUGGCUGAGCAGGAGCUGGGCAUUGCUCAGCUGCUGGACCCCGAGGACGUGGCAGCCCUCCAGCCUGAUGAACGCUCCAUCAUGACCUACAUCUCUCUCUACUACCAUCACUUCUCCCGCCUGCACCAGGAGCAGACGGUCCAGAGGAGACUUGCUAAGAUCCUGCUUCAGCUCCAGGAGACAGAGGAGCUGCAGACCCAGUACAAGCAGCUGGUGGGCGACCUGCUAGGCUGGAUUGCGGAGAAGCAGGCACAGCUGGAGGCGCACGAUUUCCCAAACUCCCUACCAGCCAUGCGCCAGCUCCUGGUCACCUUUGCCCACUUCCGCACCCAGGAGAAGCCACCACGGCUGCAGCAGCGAGGGGCCAUAGAGGCCCUGCUCUUCCGGCUGCAGACUGCGUUUCGGGCCCAGAACCGCAAGCCCUUCCUGCCUCCCGAGGGCCUGGGCCCGGCAGAGCUGUCCCAGCUCUGGACAUGCCUGGAGCGGGCAGAGGCCUCCCGGAGCCAGGCCCUGCUGCAGAGAAUCCUGCAACUCGAGCGGUUGGAAAUCCUGGUCCGGCGCUUCCAGCACAAGGCUGCCCUUAGGGAGAGCUUCCUGAUGGACACAGAGCACAUGCUGGACCGGGCUGCAGCUGCCUCCCCACCAGCCAGCCUGGCCACAGUGGAAGUAGCUGCCCAGAGACUAGGCAUGCUGGAGGCCAGCAUCCUGCCCCAAGAGGGGCGCUUCCAGGCCCUGGCCGAGAUUACAGAUGUCCUCCAGCAGCAGCAGCACCCUGGCUGGGAGGAGGUGGCCUGCAGGCAACUGGAGAUCACUGGGCGCUGGGAGCGACUUCUUGAACGUCUCCAAGGGCAGAAGAAGCAGAUGGCAGACCUGCAGGCUAUGCUGGGCUUGCUGCAUGAGGUGGAGAGUGCCUCUAAUCAGCUCAAGGAGCUCCAGGUGCUGGCUAGCUCCACAGCCUGUGGGCAGCUGCUGGCAGAGACCAUGGAGCUACUGCAGAAGCAUGACCUGCUGGAGGCCCAGGUGUCUGCCCACGGAGCCCAUGUGCGCCAUCUUGCCCUUCAGACCAUGGAGCUGGACUCCUCCCUGGGCACUGGUGUGGAGGUGCUGCAGGCCAAGGCCCAGUCACUGGCCCAGCUCCACUGGAGCCUGGUGUCUCUGGUCAAAGCCCGGCGGGCCUUGCUGGAGCAGAGCCUGCAGCAGGCGGAAUUCCUGCACCACUGCGAGGAGGAGGAAGCCUGGUUGAAGGAGCGUGGGCGGCUGCUGGAGGAUGAUGGGGCCCUGGGCCCGGACCUCAGCCAGAUCAGAGCAGCCCUGCAGAAACACAAGGCCCUGGAAGCCGAGCUGCGCCACCACCAGAACGUGUGCACUGAUCUCGUGCGGAGGGGAUGCGACCUGAGUGCCCGCGGGCCCCCCACGCGGCCAGAUCCCCGCGAGAGGGCCAAGGCACUGCAGGGCACGUGGCAGUGGCUCCGGGCCGGGGCGGCCAGGCGGGGGGCGAGGCUGCAGGCGGCUCUGCUAGCCCGGCAGUACUCGGCCGAUGCGGCAGACGCGGCCUCUUGGCUGCGGGAACAGCGAUUGGCCAUGAAGAGCGCCCCCUGCGGACCGGACCCGGAGGCCACCGAGGCCCUGCUGCUGCACCACCGGCAGCUGGAGCGUGCGGUUCAGGCCUUCGGGGCCGAAAUGCGGCAGCUGGAUGAGCAGGCACGCGCGGCCGCAGCGCAGGUGUCCCUCACGGUGGUGUCUGCCCUGAGCUCUCCGAAGAAAGCCCUGAGCCACCUGGGGACCUGGAGCGAGGUCUCCUGCUACUCCAGCCCCCCAGGCACCCGGAAGAUGGCCCUCUCAGCUGGGCCUGACGCCAUCUUUGACCCUAACACCAUACUCCAGACACAGGACUGCCUGAGCCGAGACUAUGAGGGCCUGCGGGCCCUGGCAAAGCACCACAGGGCGCGCUUGGAGGAGGCAAUAGCCCUGUGGGGCUUCCAUGGCUUCUGUGGGGAGCUGCGGUCCUGGCUGGAGAAGCAGACAGCACUGCUCCAAGCCUUGCAGCCCCAGGCCCACAACUUGGAGGUCACUCAGCUCACAUAUGAGAACUUCCUCACCACCCUGGCUGUGGGAAGGGGCUACUGGGCUGAGGUCAGCAGCAAUGCAGAACAGCUGAAGCAGAGAUAUCCUGAAGGUAUCCCCAGAAUUCAGCAACAGCAGGAGGAAUUGAGCCAGAGGUGGGGGCAGAUGGAAGCCCUGAAGAAAGAGAAGGAAACACAACUGGCACACACCACAGAUGUGUGCACUUUUCUGCACGAGUGUGGAUCCACACAGGUCCAACUGCAAGACCUGAUUCUCCAGCUGGAAAUCCUACAGCUGGGGCAAUCCAAGGACAGCCACCGUACCCUGCAGCUGGCCCAGCAGAAGAUGUUAAUGCUGGAGAGGAGAGUCCAUUACCUGCAAAGGACAGCCAUGAAGGCUGAGGAGCUGGGGCCCCCAGAGAGCCGAUCCCUGCAAGAAGAGGUGGAGCCACUGUGGGAGCUGCUGGAACGGGGACAGCAGCAGGUGGCCCGACAGGCCAGGGCCUGGGCUGAAGCGAGGGCGCGGCAGAGCUUCCUGCAGGAGAGCCAGCAGCUGCUGCUGUGGGUGGAAGGCAUCUGGGCUCAGCUGCGCAGGGAGGAGAAGGUGAUGGAUGUGGCCUCAGCCCAGCAGCUGCUGAUGGAGCACACAGACCUGCAGGUGGAGAUACAGCUGCAACAGGAGAGGCUGCAGCAGCUGGAGGCUCAGGGCCAGACCCUUUCAGUCUUGGACUCCCCGGACUCCCAGGAGGUGGCCCGCACUCUGAGCCUCCUGGGCGAGCAAGGCCCGGGCCUGCAGGCCGCCUGGGAGCAGAGACGGCAGCGGCUGCAGGAGGGGCUGGAGCUGCAGAGGUUUGGCGGAGAUGUCGAUGGUUUCACUGCCACCUGUGCCAGACACGAGGCCUUCCUGCAGCGGGACAAGCUUGGGGACGAUGUCGGGGAGGCCCAGAGCCUGCUGCAGCAGCACCGGGACUUUGGGUGGCUCCUGGGCAUCCUUGGCCAUCAAGCAGAGGCUCUGCGGGCACGUGGUGAGAAGCUGGCCCUGAGCCAACACCCUGCUGCACACAAGGUCCAGGAACAGCUGCAGAGUGUCCAGGCACAGUGGACCAGGGUCCAGGAAAGGAGUGAGCAGACGAGGAGGCGGUUGCUGGCUUCCCUCCAGCUGCAGGAAUGGCAGCAGGAUGUGGCAGGUCUGGUGCUGUGGAUAGAGGAGAAGGGGCUGAGGGCAGCAGAGGAGCCUUCCCGAGAGCCCAGCGACAUCCUGCAGCAAGCUGCAUGGCAUGAAGCUACCAAGCGUGAGCUGCUGGCCUCCUCUGGGCACGUGGAGGGCCUGCAGCAGGCAGGGAGACGGCUGCUGAGCGACGGGCACUGUGCCGGGGAAGCUGUGCAGGCCAGCCUUCAGGGCCUGAGCAGCAAGUGGGAAGAGUUGAAGAACAAGCUGGCCCGGCAGGGGGACCGGCUCCUGCAGACUAGACAGCUUCUGGGGCUGCUGCAGGAUGCCAAGGAGAAGAUGAAGCAGCUGGAGAGGAGCCUGCAAAGCACAGAAACAGGGCAGGACCUGGGUUCGAGCCGGGAGUUACAGAAAUGGCACGGCCAACUGGAAAGCGAGAGCCAGGCACUGGCCAGCAAGAUGGCUGCCGUCGUCUCCCAGGCCCACCAGGGGCUCACUUCCCAGACCAUUGUGGAGGAGACCCAGAAAUAUCUACAGAGGUUCAAGUCCCUGCAGGGACCUCUGGCCGCCCGGCGCCUACAGCUGCAGGCCUCAGUGGAGCUGCAUGAGUUCUACCAACUGAGCAACCUGGAGCUCACUUGGGUGGCUGAGCGCAUGGCCAGAGUCGGCUCCACCCAGUGCUUGAACCAAGCCCAGAGACUUUGCCACAAGCACGAGGAGCUGGGGGCAGAGAUGAGAGCCCACCAGGGACAGGUACAGCACGUGCUGGGUUCUGGACAGAGCCUCGCAGCCUCGGGGCACCCCGAAGCCUCACGUGUCCUGGAGCAAUGCCAGAAGCUGGAGGGCCACUGGGCUGAGUUGGAGCGGACGUGGGAGGCACAGGCCCAGUGCCUGCAGCAGGCUGUGGCUCUCCAACAGUGUUUUCUGGCUGCAUCGGAGCUGGAGGACUGGGUAAAGGAAAAGCAGCCUCUGGUGGACAGUGAGGACUGUGGUGGAGAGGAAGCAGCCACCUCCAGGCUCAUCAAGAAGAACCAGGCCCUGCAGCAGGAACUGGCCCUCUGCUGGAGCUCCAUGGAGAAGCUUGACCAGAGGGCGCAAAUCCUCGCUGGCCCUGGGGCUCCGGAGCACCUGCGCGUGGUACGGGAGAGGCUCUGGGAGCAGCUGCGGGCACUGCGGGAACGGGCGGCCACACGGGGCCGAGAGCUGGAGGGGACUCUGAAGCUGCAUGAGUUCAUGGGGGAGGCUGAGGAGCUGCGGACCUGGCUGGCUAGCCAGAAGCAGGCGGCUGGGCUGGGGGAGAGCCUCGGAGAAGACCAUGAGCACAUCCUGCACCUCUGCACUGAGUUCACAAGGUUUCAGCGGCGAGUGGAGCUGGGUGCCCUGCGGGUGGCGGCCUGCCGGCAGCUGGCAGAGAGCCUGCAGGAGCUCGGGCACAGGGCCGCCCCUGAUGCCCGGCAGACACAGCAGCACCUGCAGGCUGCCUGGUCGGAGCUGUGGGAGCUGACCCAGGCCCGAGGCCACCAGCUGCAAGAUGCUGAGGUCACCCUCAGAGUACACAGAGAUCUGUUGGAAGCCCUCACGCAGGUCCAGGAGAAAGCCACAAGCCUCCCCAGUGAGGUGGCCCCAGACCUGCAUGGGCUGGAGGCUCAGCUGAGGAGACACGAAGAGCUGGAGCAUGAGCUCAGGGGCGCUGGGCAGCAGCUGCAGGAACUGCUAGAGGCUGCAAGUGCAGUUCAGAAGCUGGGGCCAGGGCCCCAGGCCCAGGCUGUGCAGCAGAGGCAGGAGGCUCUGGGGCAGGCCUGGGAAGCCCUGAAGCUACACGUGGAACAGCGCAGGACGCGGCUGGAGCAGGCAUGCCUCCUGGCCCGUUUCCACAGAGCGGUGCAAGACUACACCUCCUGGGCGGCCGCUGUAUGGCGGGAGCUGCAGGGACAAGAGGGCUCCCAGGAGCCCGGCCAUGGCCUUCCCACACUACUCAGCAGCCACCGGCAGCUCCGGGCAGAGCUGGAGGCCCGGGAGGAGCUGCACCAGAGGGCCUCGCAGCUGGGCCAGCAGGCGCUUCUGGCUGUAGUAGGGACACCCAUCAAGGAGGUCCAGGAAGGGCUGCGAGCCCUGCGGGAUGAACGGGAGCAGGUGUUCCAGGCCUGGGAGCAGAAGGAAGAGAAGCUGCAGGCCAUGCAGCGGGAGCAGCUCUUCCUCAGAAAGUGUGGUCACCUGGACCAGAUCCUCACGGUCCAGGAGAUCUCCCUGAAAACCGGUGCACUGGGGAGCUCAGUGGAAGAGGUAGAGCAGUUGAUCCGCAAACACAAGACUUUCCAGAAUGUUCUGACUGCCCAAGAUGAGAAGGAGGCAGCCCUGUGUGAGCAGGCGAAGACACUUGGGGGCCCCAUCGUUCAGGAUCGGCUCCACACAGUGUUAGAGCAUCGGGCUCAAGUGAAGGACCUGGCAGAGAGCCGGGGACAAGCCUUGCACACCUGUCUCCUGAUGACUGGCUUCACCAGGGCUGUGACCCAGGCCCAGGACUGGAUUGAGGAGCGAGUCCGGCAGCUGAGAGAGCCAAUCCCUCCUGGGGACCUGAAAGAUAAACUGAGGCUCCUGCGAAAACACCAGGCCUUCGAGGCUGAGAUCCAGGCCCACGAGGAGGUCAUAACCUCUGUCACCAAGGAUGGCGAGGCUCUCCUAGCACAGAGCCCGCCUCAGGCAGGAGAAGUCUCCCAGAGGCUGCAGGAUCUGCAGGAACACUGGCGGAAGCUGAGGCAGGCAGUGGUUCUCCGGGGCCAGGACUUGGAGGACAGGUGGAAGUUUCUGGAGUUCCUGCGGAGAGCUGACCUUACAGAUGCCUGGAUCCAGGAGAUGGUGAGACCCAGCCGGGCAGGGACAGAGCUGGGGGAGGCGAUGGUGAACCUGGGCGAGCAGGGCCAGGACCUUGAGCACUGUCUGCAGCUCCGCAAGCGUCUCCGGGAGCUCCCAGGACUCUGGGCCGAGGACACCGUGGAUGACAUCCACAUCAGGAGCAUCAGUGACUUGUCCCUGAAGCUCGGGAACCUGGAUCCUGAGCAAGUCAAGACCAUCCACAAGCGGCGACAGCAGCUGAACAGCAGGUGGAAGAGUUUCCGUGGCAACCUACUCUGGUACCAGCAGCAGCUUGAGGGGGCCCUGGAGAUACAUACAUUGUCCCGAGAGCUGGAUGGUGUCACUGAGCAGAUUGGGGAGAAGGCUGCCCUGGUCCAGGCCCUGGACUAUGGAAAAGAUCAAGAGAGCUUGCAGAGGCUGAUCCGGAAACACAAGGAGUUGGAGCAGGAAAUAGGCCUCCUCCAGGCCCAGGUGGAGUCCCUAGAGCGGGCGGUGGGCCGUUUCUGCCAAAGAAGCCCUGGGACAGCCCACCGCCUCAGCAGCAAGCAGCGGGAGGUGACAGACAGUUGGUGGCAGCUCUGGAGGGGGGCCCAGAAGCGGAGGGAGUCCCUGGAGGCCUUAUACGAAGCUCAGAGUCUACAGGCCGAGCUGCGGCACUUGUCGGUCUGGGCCCAGGGGCUGCGGGCGGAGAUGGAGGCCCAAAGCACCCCGAGCAGCCCUGCGGAGGCCCGGCGCAGGCUGGAGGAGCACCAGGAGCUCAAGGCUGAGCUGGACUUGAAGACAAAUCGCAUCAGCCUGGCCCGAAGCACCGGGCAGCGACUGCUUGCAGCAGGGCACCCAGCUCCCCCCGACCUCCGCCAGGCCCUGGCUGGCUUAGACCAGGAGCUGAACAGCCUGGAAAGGGCCUGGCAGGACCACCAGCUCCAGCUGCAGCAGGCCUUGGAGCUUCAGCUGGUUCUGAGUUCCGUGGAGCAGAUGGAAAUUUGGCUCUGCAGUCAGGAGGCCUGCCCCACUAGCAAGGGUCUCGGGGACUCUUGGGCCGCUGCAGAGACCCUCCUGAGGAAGCACGAGGUGCUGGAGCGGGGCCUGGAGGCUCAGGCUGAAAAGAUGAGCACGCUGGAGGCCGCGGCCCGCAGGCUGCACCAGGCUGGGUACCCCGAGGCCCAGGGUGCCCUGGGUCGGUGCCAGGCCAUGCUCCUGAGGAAAGAGGCACUGGUAGAGCGAGCCAGGACCCGUCGCCGCCAGCUAGAGGAGCUCCAGCAGCUGCAGACUUUCCUGCAGGAUUCCUUCGAGGUGGCCACGUGGCUGAGGGAGAAGCACUCGGUGGCCCUGGAAGAGGGCUGGAGGGACCCUGCUCUGCUGCAGGCCCAGCUGCGGAAGCAACGGAGUCUCCAGGCUGAACUAGAUGCAAGUGUCCACCACCACCAAAGGCUGCAAAAGGAGGGACAGAGGCUGUUGCAGGAGGGCCACCCAGCUUCAGAGACCAUCCGGGAGCGGCUGCGGGAGCUGGGGGAGCUCUGGGACGAGCUGCAGGCCAACAGCCGGAGGAAGGCAGCCAUGCUGCAGGUGGUUUGUGAGGCCCUGCAUCUCCGGCGGAGAGUGGAGGAACUAGAGAGCUGGCUGGAGCCUGUGGAGGUUGAGCUGAGAGCCCCUGUCAGGGACCAGGACCAGCCUGGGCUAGACAAGCUCCUGGGGGCACAGGGAGAGCUGGAGGUCACCGUGGAAGGGCAGGCCAGGCAGGCACAAUGGCUGUGGGGCCAGGCCCAGGUCCUUACAGGGGAAAGCCUCUGCCUCGCCCAAGAUGUGAAAGACCAGGCCCUGCAGCUGCUUCGGAGGUUUGAGUGCCUGAGGGAACCCCUGCGGGAGCGCAGAGCUGCCCUGGAGACCCGGAGCCGCCUCCUGCAGUUCUUCAGGGAUGCCGAUGAUGAGUUGGCGUGGGUGCGGGCGAAGCUGCCCCUGGCCACCACCCAGGACUGCGGACAGAGCCUGAGCGCUGUGCGACAGCUGCAGGAGAAGCACCAGAACCUGGAGAAUGAGAUGAGUAGCCACGAGGCUCUGACCAAGGCCGUGGUGGCCGAGGGACACCAGCUGGCACAGGCCGGGCCCUUCGCCACAGAGGCUGCCGCCCGGGUGCAGCAGCUGGAGAGUGCCGUGGGCGGCCUGCGGGCAGAGGCCACGCGGAGGCGGCUGCGGCUGCAGCAGGCUCAGGAGGCCCAGCAGUUCCUGAUGGAGCUCCAGGAGGCAGAAGCCUGGCUGGAAGAACGGGGCUGUGUCCUGGAGCUCAAGGAUGUUGGCCAGAGUGCCGAGGCCAUGCGUGCCUUUCUGCGGCGGCUGGAGGCCACCCAGAGAGACCUAGAGGCGUUCGGCUUGCGCAUUGAGAGCCUGCAGCAGACGGCAGCCCUCCUGGAGAGCAGGCAGAACCCGGAAAGCGGCAGGGCACUGGCCCGGAUGCAGGCGGUGAGGGAGGCCUACUCAGGGCUGCUGCUGAGGGCAGACGGCAGGCAGCAAGGCUUGCGGGAGCAGCUACAGCUCCACCAGCUGGAACGGGAGGCCCUACUUCUCGAGGCCUGGCUAGCCAGCAAGGCUGCCACGGCUGAGUCGCAGGACCACGGGCAGGACCUGGAGGCUGUCACGAUGUUGGAAGAGAAGUUUGAUGCUUUCAGAAAGGAAGCUCAGAGCUUGGGGCAGGCCAAGGUGCAGGCCCUGAGGGAGCUGGCAGACUCCCUGGAACGGAUGGCACCCAGGUGCACUCCCCAGAUUCAAGCCCAGAGGAGUCGCAUCGAGGCCGCUUGGGAGAGGGUGGACGGGGCAAUAAAAGCCCGCAUCCAGAGCCUGGCCAUAGCCCGGGAGGUCCGGGGCUUUGAGCAGGCAGCGGCUGAGCUCCAGGAAUGGAUGCAAGAGAAGGCCACCCAGACGGUGAGAGAUAUCUGUGACCAUAGCCUGUCAUCAGUGCAGACCUUGCAGCAACAGCACAGGGGCCUGGAGCGGGACCUGGCAGCUGUGGAGAAGGAGGUGGCCCGGGUGCAGAUGGAGGCCUGCCGGCUGGGCCAGCUUUACCCUGCAGCUCAGGAGGGCUUGUGCAAGCAGCUGGCCAAGGUGGAGGAGGCCUGGGCGACCCUGGACAUGAAGGCUCGGGAGCGGGGUCGGCAGCUGGAGCAGGCUGCCCAGGGCCAUGCCUUCCUCAGUUGCUGUCGGGAACUGCUAGCAUGGGCUCAGGAGAAGAAAGCUCUGGUCUCUUCCGAGGAGCUGGCCGGGGACAUGGUAGGGGCUGAGCGGCUCCUGGUGCAGCAGGUGGAGCUGGGGCAGGAACUCCAGGAGCCUUGCCUUCGAGCCCACGAUGUACAGCAGGAAGGGCGGCAGCUGAUAGACAGCGGCCACUUCAUGUCCCUGGAGGUGGCAGCGUGUCUGCGGGAGCUAGAAGGGCAGCUGCAGGCACUCACGGAGGCCUGCACCCUGCGCCAGGAGCGCUGCGAGGAGAACUGGGGCCUGCAAAAGCUACGGCAGGAGCUGGACCGGGCCGAGGCUUGGCUGGCCUCCCGGGAGGUUCUACUGCUGGACCCCAACUAUGGGCACAAUGUGUCCGACGUGCAGCUGCUACUCUGCAGACACCAGGACUUAGAGAAGUUGCUGGCAGCCCAGGAAGAGAAGUUUGCCCAGCUGCAGAGGAAGGCAGGGGUGAGAGGAGGCUGGGUGGACUGGAAGCUGCUGCAGCAAGUGACAGGGCUGGAGCCCAGGAGUGCUGGCCACAGGCUCACAUCCCCCAAGCAGAGGCCCUUUGGAAGCUGGUGGCCAGGAGUACAACUGACGGAGACAAGGGACCUGCAGCCAGGUGUCCCCAUUGGGCCACCCAUACCCUCUGCCACCACGGUCUCCCUGGAACCUGUGGCCCAGCAGCAGGAGCCCAGUGGGGCUGGGGCCACAGAGGAUGCUAAGGAUGUCCCCACCAUGGUGGGAUUUUUGGAGUUCCAGCAGCAGCUCCGGUCUGCCCAGAGGCAGCCCUGCUUGAGCCUCUGGGAUGGCUGCCAUGGGACCCUAAGAGGUAGCUCCCUCAGCCUCUUCUGGGACAAGAGGACGGCAGCAGAGGUACUGGGCAGUGGAAAACAUGAAAGACAGAGGACAGGCCCACAGGGAAGAGCGGACAUGGCCGCGGUGACCCCUCUCAUGUCUUUUCAGAAUAUGGCCCCGGUGGCCACCCUUGACCUCAGAGGAGCCCAGUGCGAGAGGCCAGGGCACCAGCAUGGCAGGAAACACGCCUUCUCCUUAAGGCUGAGCAGCAGGGUGGAGACGCCCUGGGCAGCGCCAUCAGAAGGGCAGGCCGAGAGCGGGAUUCCAGCCCUGAGCAGCACAGCUGGCCCUGCCCUUGGGGUGUCCUGUGGACAGUGGCCAAACCCAGCUCCAGCAGGACGCAUGCCUGGAACACACCCAUGCCCCAGAAGUCUCUCAUCACUGUGGUCAGACGGGCUCCAUCCAGAGACCGUGUGUUCAGUUCUAGAGACUGGGAAGUCCACCAUCAAGGUGCCACCAGAUUCAGGGUCUGCCCGAAGUCUGAGCCUGGAGCACCCGGCCAGACCAGGGGGCCUCCCCGCUGAGCACACUGCUGAGGGCGUACCCGGCCUGGCCGCCCCACUCAGAUUCCACGCCUGUCCCCUGACUUCUUCACUAAGGGAGAUGCCCGUGAGCACUCACAGCCAGCCACAACCCCUGGAGUUCCUGCAGGCUGAGGGCCCUGCCCAGGCACCUGCCCCCGGCUCACCCUCCCUUCCCUGCCCUGGCCAGGCCCAAGGUCAGGACCCUGAACCAAACCCUGAGGUAGCAGCAACCCUCAGGGCUACCAACAAGGACAAUCUCUAGGAGACCAGCCUAAGAUUCUGCUACCAGGACCAAGGUCU